AUGAGACUUGCAUCCUCAAACGGGCUAAGCAUGGUUUCCCUGCUGCUGCCGCUGCUACUCCUGCUGCUAUCACUCAUUCCAAGGGCCGUUUCCAUGGCGAUGCAUCCCAACACCACCGGCUGGCAGCAGAUUCUGGACAAAUAUCUGGACGAGGAAGGAGACUUGUGGGAAGCCAAGAAGAGGGGGAGGCGGGCCAUCACUGACAGCGACGCCCAGCUUAUACUGGACCUGCACAACAAGCUCCGAGGUCAGGUGUACCCUCAAGCCUCGAACAUGGAAUACAUGGAAUGGGACACGGAGUUGGAGCGCACGGCAGAGGAGUGGGCCGAGACCUGCCUGUGGGAACAUGGUCCUGCUGGCUUAUUGCCACAGAUUGGCCAGAAUCUGGGAGCUCACUGGGGGAGGUAUCGUCCCCCAACCUCCCAUGUUCAAGCUUGGUAUGAUGAAGUGAAAGACUACUCUUUCCCUUAUCCCCAGGAGUGUAACCCCUACUGCCCAUUCCGAUGCUCCGGCCCUGUUUGCACGCAUUACACCCAGCUGGUGUGGGCCACCAGCAGCCGGAUUGGCUGUGCUGUCAACUUGUGCUACAACAUGAAUGUGUGGGGACAGAAUUGGGCCAAGGCUGUGUAUCUUGUGUGCAACUAUUCACCAAAGGGGAACUGGUGGGGACAUGCACCAUACAAACAUGGAGCCCCUUGUUCCGCAUGUCCUCCCAGCUAUGGAGGUGGCUGCAAAGACAAUCUCUGUUAUAAAGGCCACAACACUCCAGAGGAAACGGAAGAAAACAACUUUAUCGAACCAGAGCCCCCCCGUACUACGCAGAGGGUCCGGCCACGGAUUUCAAAGCCUGAGACUCCAAGUCUUCCUGCGACCAAACCCCACAUGGAAGACCUGCCAAAGAACGAAGUGGUCAACGAACAACAGAUGUCCCAGCUUAUGACCUGUGACACCAAGCUUCGAGAUCAGUGUAAAGGAACGACAUGCAAUAGAUAUGAAUGCCCUGCAGGAUGCUUAGAUGCUACAGGGAAAGUAGUUGGGACAGUUUACUAUGAAAUGCAAUCCAGCGUGUGUCGGGCUGGUUUACAUGCUGGUGUCAUAGAUAAUGAUGGAGGAUGGAUGGAUGUAACGAGAGAGGGAAGAAAGGACUUCUUCAUCAAGUCUAACAAGAAUGGGGUCCAGUCACUGGGGAAAUACCAGAGUGCUAAUUCAUUUACUGUUUCCAGAGUGGCAGUCAAAGCGAUCACCUGUGAGACCACUGUCGCACAACUGUGUCCUUACCAAAGACCUGCAAAGCAUUGCCCAAGGUUAUACUGCCCAAGGAAUUGUAUAGAAGAGAAACCAAACAUAUCCAGAGUCAUCGGUACCAGAAUAUACUCCGAUAAAUCCAGCAUUUGCCGUGCAGCAGUCCACGCUGGGGUUGUCAGGAACAACGCGGGAGGUUACAUCGACGUGAUGCCGGUUGACAAACGGAAACUCUACAUUGCAUCGGAUCAAAAUGGCGUUGUCUCAGAAAGUCUACAGAAUCCUCCUGGCGGGAAGGCGUUUCGGGUGUUCGCCGUGAUUUGA